GCGCACUUCGAGUCACGUUUGGUUCGCGCCCGCUCGAGAAGGAGUUUAGUAGCAGCUGCGCGUCCGCGUGCCACGCGAACUGUGAACGUAUUUACCAUUCGGUUGCAACGUCUGUCAAUCGUCGGCCGUCGAUCACCGGUAAGAGUUAAAGCCGUUCUUUAUUACUGUACGUAAUAAUGAAGGGAAGCGCGGAACGACGAAGGACGGACGGGCGGGCGCGCGCCGUCUGAACUUCGCCGCGAGUCACCGCGAGACUCGCGCGAACGUGGCCGCGAGUACGAGGGCGGAGUGUUGCGCGCGCGCGCGAGCGCGAGGACGGAUGCGUCGUUUUAACGCGUAAACGCGCACGGUAUCGUCAAAACGCGCUUCGUGGAUAUACGGACCGAUUGUUGGCAUCGAUCUAGAAAAAAGGAACGGAGCAAAGGACGGAUCAUCACGUGUUCGCGACAUAAUUACGCUUGUUAUCGCGCAUCGUGAAACGCGGGACAACGAGAACGUUCGCCCGAGUGGAAAAACUCAAGACACGCCCCUCAGAGAACGGCGCGGCGGACGCGGUCAUCGGUGACCACAGAAACGGACCAUUCAUUCGGCAACUAGGCGCAGAUCGCGUAGGACUGCCUAACCACGUACGUCCCUGAUCUAGUGCGGUUCGGACAUUGACGUAUUUCAUUCUUGUAACUUGUCAAUAACAUCAAUCAUGGAAACGCAAACUGAGAUGCCGGGAAACACAACGGUGGGUAGCACGCUACUCGAUGAGGAACUUCGUCGAAUUCUGUUGGAACGUGAGCAAGAAUGCAUGAAGCUGAAAGCCGCGAAUACGACGCUGCCGCCGACGGAAUCAUAUUGUCGAUUCACUUUCGAUGGAUGGUCCUGUUGGCCGAACACUCCAGCAGGAUCAACAGCUUAUAUACCAUGUCCUGACUUCAUCACCGGCUUCGAUGCAUCGCUGAUGGCGCAUAAAUACUGCGAGCUGAAUGGCACGUGGUUUCGUCAUCCUGAAUCAAAUCAAAUAUGGAGCAAUUAUACGACUUGUGUGAAUCUACAGGAUCUGAGCUGGCAGCAAAGUAUAAAUGGAAUCUACGAGGUGGGAUACGCGAUAUCCUUGGUAGCUCUCUUGCUUUCCUUAGGAAUUCUCACGUACUUCCGAUCUCUCAGAUGCGCACGGAUUACACUGCACAUGAAUCUAUUCACCUCGUUCGCAUUCAACAAUGCCUUGUGGCUGAUUUGGUACAGGUUCAUAGUAGCGAAUACGGAUCUACUACUUAAUAAUGGCAUACCUUGUCGCGUUCUGCACGUAGUCCUUCAUUACUUUCUAUUAACAAACUACGCUUGGAUGCUCUGCGAAGGUUUCUACCUGCAUACGUUGCUAGUGAGUGCAUUCACUAGCGAGCAUAAAUUAGUGAAUUGGCUGAUGGGACUCGGAUGGCCAGUGCCAGCUGUAAUCGUCACUUUAUAUACAGUUUUACGUGCAUCCAGCGACGAUCCUGCAGACACUGAGCAGUGCUGGAUCAAUGAGGGCAAUUAUAUAAACGUGCUGGUUUAUCCCGUAUGCGUUUCCACUUUGUUGAAUCUACUUUUCCUGUUUAAUAUCGUACGAGUUCUUCUCAUGAAGUUACGUGCCGGUCCCGCCAUUGGAACGCGCCCUUCACGAUCUAUGCUGCAAGCUUUCAGGGCCACGUUACUUCUAGUACCUCUCUUGGGCCUUCACUAUUUAGUAAUUCCAUUUCGGCCGCCAAAAAAUCAUCCUUGGGAGAAUUUUUACGAGGUCCUUUCAGCAAUCACCGCUUCUUUCCAGGGUCUCUGUGUGGCUGUGCUUUUUUGCUUUUGCAACGGCGAGGUAAUAGCGCAAUUCAAGAGAAAGUGGGAUGGCAGCGCCUUUUUACGAAAACGAGCCAAUUCCUGUACGGCCACAACAGUCUCGGUCCGAUGGCGGGAGAGGAGAAGGUGUGACUAUCAACCGGCAGCAGCGGUGCCGAGGGACGACGACUGCAAUAAGCGAUUGGCGAGCGAAGACCAGCAACUGCAGCAGACCGUGCAGGUGAUCACCGCGGGCCGGCCGGGCAAUCACGGCAACAACAACCAUACACGGGUGCUUAUCAAACGCGGUGGCGACGGCGACGAUUUCUCUCACGACGAGUGCGAUCAGACGCAGUGUUGAUGAUCGGAUCGACAACCGGAAUGAUUAACACCGGGAAUGAUCGUACUAUGGCCACUAUGGGACCACGUAGAAAAUCACUUUCUCCCUCUCCCUCUCUCUCUCAUCCUGGCCUCUUCGCGAGAUAGUCGACAAAUCGGAGUCGGCGAAAUUUAUCGAUUCGUGAUUCACAAAUAUGUCAUUAGUUGAAAAUGAUAAAUCAUACAGAGAGAUAAUGAUAAUAAUAAACAGUAUAAAGAAAUCAGAAAAUUUAUAUAAGGUAAAUGUGUACCACUUAGUGGACAUAAUCUAAUUAUUAAACGAAAUAACAAUAAUUUUAAAUAUUACUCUUUUGAUAAUAUGUACGACACUAAAUAAAUUCAUCCUAUUAAAAUUUUU